GAGGCUUUUGUGCAUAUUAUCUCCUGGGUUAAAUUCUAAUAGUCAAACAAUUCAUUUUCUCUAUAUUUUUUGUUUGAGGUAAAGUGUUGUCAACUAUUGUAAUAUUCUAUUUCACUAAGAUUUGCUAGGACAUAUUCAGCAACCAUUUUUCUCUUGAAUAGCUCAGGAAGAAAGUGAUCUUCCAUAACAUAUAGCAAAUCAAUAGAAUGGGAGGCAAUUCACCAGAGAGGAAACCUGGUUGUGGCUUGAUGACAGCAGUAUUUGGGCGAAAUAAUCCAUGGUCACGAAAAUCAGUCUCUGCAGGUUCUUCUCCCGUAGCCAACAAUUUUGAAAAACCACCAAACAUUCAAGAUUCAAAACGGAGACAUAGAGGCUCUAAUGAUUUUGUUUCAAUUAGAGAAUCUUCAUAUAACAAUGAUGUUACAAACUACUCAUCUUGUUAUUCUGUCUCCAAUCCUCAAAAGCCAACCCAUGUUGUAAGCCAAAGGAAGCCACAAAAUCGUAAUGAAACAAUGGGAAGAGGCCCUUCACCUUCACCUACUCAGGGCUAUGUCAACCAAGGCAAAAGGGUACCAAAAGAAGCUGUUGGAAUCUCUGGUGAACUUGAAAGCAUGAUCAAUGAACACCUAAAGUCCAAAGGAAGUAGUACCCUUGGCAAUUUAGGUAACCUUAGGCAAGGAGCAGGACCAAAUUACAAUGCUUACAGUGAAAUGGAUUACUGUGUUAGUAAUAAUGUUGCUAGUGGAGGAUACACAAAUCAAACCAUGGGACGUGAAUACGAUAAAAUUAGUUAUGGCAAAGAAGCUAAACCAAGCAAGGAACAAUCAGGUUCACUGUGUAGGGCUGUGUCUACUCGAAUGGAUCCCGAACAAUUGAAGAUAAUGGGCAAUGAGGAUUACAAGAAUGGAAGGUUUGCAGAGGCAUUGGCUUUGUAUGAUGCCGCCAUCGCAAUUGACCCGAAUAAGGCUUCUUAUAGGAGCAACAGAAGUGCUGCAUUAACUGCUCUUGGUAGGCUUUUGGAGGCUGUUUUUGAAUGUAGAGAAGCUAUUCGAAUUGAGUCUCAUUACCAAAGAGCCCAUCAUCGGUUGGGAAAUUUGCACUUAAGAUUAGGAGAAACAGAUAAAGCUUUGUAUCAUUAUAAACAAGCAGGACCAGAUGCUGAUCCAGAUGAGAUUGCUAAAGCAAAGACUCUCCAAGUAUAUCUAAACAAAUGCACCGAGGCUCGUAGGUUCGGUGAUUGGAUCACACUUAUAACCACAACCAACAAUGCUAUAUCAUCUGGUGCAGACUCUGCUCCACAAAUAUAUGCAUUACAAGCCGAAGCCUUGCUAAAACUUCGUAGACAUCAAGAUGCAGACAAAGUAAUGUCAAGGUGCCCUAAAUUUGAUGUUGAUGAGUGUACCAAGUUCUUUGGACCUAUUGGUAAUGCAAAUUUGUUGGUGACACAGGCUCAAGUUGAUUUAGUUGCUGGCAGAUUUGAAGAUGCUUUGGAGGCAGCACAAAAAGCAACUAGGUUGGAUUCUAAUAGUAAGGAGGCAAAUAAGGUGAUGAGAAAGGCUCGAGCUGUCACAAGUGCUCGUGCAAAGGGAAAUGAGCUUUUCAAGGCAUCAAAAUUUCAUGAGGCUUGCAUUGCCUAUGGAGAAGGCCUUGAUUAUGAUCCAUACAACUCCGUUUUACUAUGCAACAGAGCUGCUUGUAGAUCAAAACUAGGCCAAUUUGAUAAAGCAAUAGAUGAUUGCAAUACUGCCCUUAACUUACGCCCAUCUUACAGCAAGGUCAGGUUGAGAAGAGCCGAUUGUAAUGCUAAGUUGGAAAGAUGGGAAGCUUCAAUACAGGACUAUGAAAUUUUACUAAAAGAGACACCAGAAGAUGAGGAAGUAAAGCGAGCAUUGCUGGAGGCCCAAGCACAGCUUCAAAAACAGGCAAAGUGAUGAAAGAACUUAAGGGCAUGAAGUAUUGUAAAAGUGAUUCAUAGUUAGAGGGGAGGAAAUUAGAAAUGUAGAAGAUGAAGCUAAGACAUGGAACAAGCAUCAUGUGUCAGUGUGACAAGUGUCAGAUUGGAGAAAAAAUGCCUUUUCUCUUCGUUACCAAAGGCCAAUUUUAAUUUCUUUUCUUCUCUUGGGAGAAAUUGUACAAAUCUCAACGACGCUUUCUUGAUAC